CUAGUUCUCCAAAGCACUCGGUCUUCACCCACAAACACCAGCGCUUAACGUAAACCAAAACGUAACGUCUUUCUUUCGUAAGCGGUUUUUUUUUUUUUUUAAGUGGAGUGACUCGGAUAGUUGAUCUAAAAACAGUGGGCGAGAAAGAUAUGGCAAACAACGAGUCGCUGGUCGCAUUGAAUGGGACUCAGAUUUCAUACAUUGGGCACGACUGUAAGGAAAUUCCAGAGUUCCUUGGAGAGACCUAUGGCCAGUUUGCACGAAGGCUGGAUCUGAGUUUUAAUCAGCUCAGGUCACUGGCAGGCCUCAAAAUGUUCACUGAGCUGGAAGAGCUGAUCGUCGACAACAAUCUGCUUGGAAAUGACCUCCAGUUGCCCAGGUUACCCAACCUCCACACCCUGACGCUCAACAAGAACCACCUGACUGAUAUCGAGGCCUUGCUGGAACACUUGGCUGAUGUGACCCCAUCACUCGAGUACCUAAGCCUGCUGGGAAAUGAGGCCUGUCCUAACCAGCUGGUCAGCCCGGAUAAGGACGAGGACGACUACCAGCGAUACAGGUACUUUGUUCUGUACAAGUUGCCACAGCUGAAGUUUCUGGACACCAGGAAAGUAACCAAAAGAGAAGUGAUGGAGGCGCAGGAAAGGGGCGCAUUCAUGAAAGUGGUCAAGCCUAAGCCGGAAGCUUCACUUAAUGAGGCUGGAUCAGAGAGCCACCCACUGCCCUAUUCGCCUCUACCUCGAGGAUCCAGAGAUCCCAUGACCCACAAAGGAGUAUUCGCCAAGUGUCGCUACAUCUACUAUGGCAAGCACUCAGAGGGCAACAGAUUCAUCAGAAACGAUCAGCUCUGAUGGACAGCCGCUCAACCGUAGACUAAGAGACGGACAUGGAAGACAGCAGAUGCUAACAUAAGGACGGGAGGAUCAAGUCAGUCUUAUUUAUUGAAUCCAGUGGUGAUAUUUGGUUCACCUGAUCACCUGAUGUGGAAAAGAAAAGAUUUAAAUUCCUGGAAAAUGUGUUCCUAUAUAAGAGGAAGGUUUCCUUUUUUAAAAAAAAUUUCUUGUGUUUUUAAAGAUCAGAUUGCAGCCCCAUGGUUAGAGCCUCUUUUGCUCCUGCUUCCCUGCAUGCAGCUCAGCCGGAGAUGACACUCUGAAUGACAUGAUUGCCUCUAAGCAUUUGCAACUGCAAAACUCGAGACUCACAACACAAACACAAGAGCUCAACUCUCUCUCUCUCUCUCUCUCUCACACUCAAACUCACACAGACACACACACAGUCAGUGACAAACAUACCCAGCCAAUUGCGUCCUCUUCCUUGACAGCCAUGAUGGAUCACUUGUCCACCACCACCACUAAUCAAGGGUGAAGAGGUUAUGGUCACACACCUGGGGCCUGACACGGACUCAUCUCUUUCAUCGUGUGUAUCAUUCGCCCACACACACUCACAUCUUCUUUAAAACAUUAAGACAAGGCUUUGACAGAACAGCGUUUCUACAGCUUCAUUAAACAUUGCUGUGAUUUUCAGUCGACACCCGAGGCAUGAUCAGUGUGUCUUGUUUAGUUUGAGGCAGAAUUCUUUUUUUUUUUUUUUUUUUGGUGGGGUUUUUUGUGCUCAUGUGAUUUUUAUUUGGUUAUUUUUAUCUUUUGGAUCUUUUGGUGUCUAAAACAGAGAAAAUCUCUUCUUGAAAGUCAAAAAUCUGAUAACUGAGAAGAUUUGGUGAGUUUCUUCUACAGUGUGCACAUUUUUGUUUGUUUGAAACAAAAGAAGCCGAACGAAAUGCAGCUUAAACAUAAAAAUAAAACAUUCCAGCACCAGCUUUAAUGAAGAAUAGGAUUGCUCUUUCCAGGUUCAUGUCUGAAAUGUUGCUCUCUUUUAUUGCUUUACAAUUUUCAGAAUAUUCAAGCUAAUGUAAUAACCAGUGUUGCUGCAUGAGAAAUGUUUACAUUUUGUUAUUCUCUUUAUAAUUAUUGUGGCUUACCAUUGUGGUAUUGAUCCAUUUAAUGCCCUCUCACAGCAGCAGGUCAAAUUUCUGAGGCAACAAAUUGAAAUUUUAAUGUAAAUGAUGUGAUAAAUCUGAUCUGAUAUGAAAUUGUAUUAGCAGGAUUUAA